UAACGACAGGAAGGACCGGCCAGGUCCACCCGGUUCCACCCCCAAGCCGGGCGAGGCAGGUUCUGAGGUCGCAACACCUGGCCGAUCUUGGGUGUCGGUGGCCCGCAGUUAUCUCGCGGCCGUUCUGGUGAGGCGGCCAGAGGAGUGGCUCGUGAGCGAGGCAAAAGUGUUGUCUUCGGGAGACGGGACGUAGAAGACAGUUAAGCAGCACAGGGUGAUAGAGUGCUGAAAGUUAUACACAAGCAGGAAACACGAGAAGGAGAAUUAUAAGGCUGUCUGCAGAGAUUUGAAAAAUGGCAACAAAUGAAAGUGUCAGCAUCUUUAGUUCAGCAUCCUUGGCUGUGGAAUAUGUAGAUUCACUUUUACCUGAGAAUCCUUUGCAAGAACCAUUUAAAAAUGCUUGGAACUAUAUGUUGAAUAAUUAUACAAAGUUCCAGAUUGCAACAUGGGGAUCCCUUAUAGUUCAUGAAGCCAUUUAUUUCUUGUUCUGUGUACCUGGAUUUUUAUUUCAAUUUAUACCUUAUAUGAAAAAAUACAAAAUUCAAAAGGAUAAACCAGAAUCAUUGGAAAGCCAAUGGAAAUGUUUCAAAGUUCUUCUCUUUAAUCACUUCUGUAUUCAGCUACCUUUGAUUUGCGGAACCUACUAUUUUACAGAGUAUUUCAAUAUUCCUUAUGACUGGGAAAGAAUGCCAAGAUGGUAUUUGCUUUUGGCAAGAUGCCUUGGCUGUGCAGUCAUUGAAGAUACUUGGCACUAUUUUCUGCAUAGACUCUUACACCACAAGAGAAUAUACAAGUAUAUUCAUAAAGUUCAUCAUGAAUUUCAGGCUCCAUUUGGAAUGGAAGCUGAAUAUGCACAUCCUUUGGAAACUCUAAUUCUUGGAACUGGAUUUUUCAUUGGAAUCGUGCUUUUGUGUGAUCAUGUAAUUCUUCUUUGGGCAUGGGUGACCAUUCGUUUGAUGGAAACUAUUGAUGUCCAUAGUGGUUAUUAUAUUCCUCUCAACCCUUUAAAUUUCAUCCCUUUCUAUGCUGGUUCUCGGCAUCAUGAUUUCCACCACAUGAACUUCAUCGGAAACUAUGCUUCAACGUUUACAUGGUGGGAUAGAAUUUUUGGAACAGACUCUCAGUAUCAUGCCUAUAAUGAAAAGAGGAAGAAGUUGGAGAAAAAGACUGAAUAAAUAUCUCACGUAAACCUUCCUGAAAGAUAAACAUUUUCCUGAAUUGAAACUAGUAGCUAACAUUGCUUCUGGGGAGCAGAGAUAAGCAUGUCCUCUGGCUACUAAGUGAUAAAAAGAACAUUAACAACCUUUAAUUACCUUCCUAGUGGGAACUUUUUCUACUUUACCUACAAGUUCUGUAUAUGUAGAAAUGAAUAAAUAUAUAUUUAAGUACAGUUUUCAUGAGGAAGUUUUAAAGGCCGUAUUCCUAAGCUUCUGAGAAGGUUUUGGGUACUAGAAGUAUUAAUCUAUGGCUUUUCUCCCAGUAAAACCAUAGGCCUGAAGUUGACAUUGGUCUUUAAAUCUUUUAGGUAUGUACUGGUCAUUUCAGAAAAUUCUUCUUAUUGAUUGUGUUGGCCUUAUAUUUCACUUCUUUUUUUUGAGAUGAAGCUUCACUCUUACCCAGGCUGGAGUGCAGUGGCACAAUCUCAGCUCACUGCAACCUCUGCCUCUCGGUUUAGGCAUUUCUGUCUCAGCCUCCUGAGUAGCUGGGACUACAGGCACAUACCACCAUGCCCAGCUAAUUUUGUAUUUUUGUAGAGAUGGGAUUUCACCAUGUUUGACAAGCGGGUCUUGAACUCCUGACCUCAAGUGAUCUGCCCACCUUGGCCUCCCAAAGCGCUGGAAUUACAGAUAGAAGCCACUGUGCCCGGCCUUUUUAACUUUAAACAUUUUUUAGAAUUUGCCUAAAGAUCAAAAUGUCAUGGAUUGAACCACAUCGAUUGAUAGCAGUUUGUGACUGAAGCUUCCAAAUCAGGAAAAGCCAACACCAAGAACUUCCAUCCUAAAUUGGAGCUAACCAGUUUGGGCUGAUUGUGUCUUUGAAGAGUCCUUGAUUGCAGUGCAGUACUGGCAUUUCUGAAUUGAUGUAAGGGGACUAUUUUAGUAAGGUUUUUCAGGUUACUUGAAUUUUUUAAAAAAUUGAGGAGCUUUAUUUCUGGACUAUUUACCCUUUCAUUUUUGUAUAUCAAAUUUCCAGUGUCAUUAAAAACUGUAUCUUGAAACUUUGUGAACUGAUUAGCUGUAUUUGCACUUUGAGCUCUUGAAAUAAAUGUGAUUUCUGUCCAUCUGGUUUCCAGUUUUAAACAUUGAUUGUCACCUUAAAAGUGAAAGUACAGAAAUAAUUAAAUUACUGAGUUUUACAAUAAAAGGAUUGGUUUCUA